CUCCUCGUGACACAUAGACGAUGACAUCAUCACGCUGCUCUAAGUUUCGCAUCCGGUUGAACUUCAUGUUAUUAGCCUUGACAUAAAGCGUUACUUAACCCUCAUCUUCACCUGUCAGUGACUGAACCGAGCUUUAGAUCACAUUACGGAUGUCUCUUAAUCAAGGUUGAAACUCAAUAAUUGGGGCUCCAGUUAAGCCUGUUUGGGGACGUCUGUUGUCCCCUUCUCCAGCGAGAUGGCCAGUCAUUUCCGCAGUUAUGUCUGGGAUCCAGUCCUAAUCAUCUCCCAGAUUGUGCUCAUGCAAUGCAUCUACUACAGCUUCUUGGGCCUAUGGCUGGCCGGUGUUGAUGGUUUGGUCCAGACCAGUAGGUCGCUGGACCAGAUAUUCAGCUAUGAGGUUCUAGGCUUCUCAACAACACAUGGUCGCUUGUCGAUGAUGGCAUUCAUUCUCAAUUCUCUGACAUGUGCUUUUGGCCUGUGGUUUUUCAUCCGGCGGGGAAAGCAGUGUCUGGACUUCACAGUAACGGUGCAUUUCUUCCACAUGAUCGGCUGUUGGAUCUAUAAUGCCCACCUCCCGGCUGCACUGUCGUGGUGGUUAGUAAACGUGGCUUGUAUGGCUCUUAUGGCAGUCAUUGGCGAGUACUUGUGCAUGCGGACAGAGCUCAGAGCCAUCCCUGUCAACACGGCGCCUAAAUCCAACCUGUGAGGACUUUUAUUGACAGACGUGCCACUGCUGGUGUUUGUGAGGUCAGCGCAUCGGCAGGACUGCUGUGUUGACUAAUGCUGCUGCUGUGGGUUUUUAGGAGGACGAGCAGAAAGGACUAGGAUUUCCAGUGAUGUAUUGGUCACAUCACUGUAUUUAAUGUGGAUGACAUAUUAAGAUGAUGUCGGAUUGGUUUUCGAAGGUGUUGCAUGAUGAUUUCCUCAACUGGCAUUUCAAGUGGACUAUUGUAAUUAUUCUUUAUUAUUUAGGACCAACUCUUUUUAUGAUUUACAGAUGGCUACUGAAAAUGUGCAAGCGACGGUUUGCUUUACAGAAACAAUUGUGUCUUGAUGUGUAUAUCGUUAGCUAAAUAAAAAUGUUUUGGUUUAACGGUU